AUGGUGGAAUGUGAUACUGAAAGCAAUGUAUCCCGUCCACAACUGGAUCAAACAUUGACGAAAGCCUUACAGAUUGCUGAUUACGUUUUUGUAAUGACAAUGACAUUUGAACUGCUGGUGAAAAUCGUCGCAAAUGGCUUAUUCUUCACACCGAAGGCUGUUGUCAGUGAUGUCGGCGGCGUGAUGACCAUGUUCAUAUAUUUCACUAGCGUAGCCUUUUUGAUGUGGAUGCCUCGUCAUGUCGAGAUCAACUCGUUCGCUCAACUUUUGAUGAUAUUCCGUGCAAUGAGACCUCUACGUGUAUACACACUGGUUCCACACAUACGACGGGUUGUUAUGGAGUUUUUUCGUGGAUUCAAAGAAAUUUUAUUGGUCACCAUACUCAUGAUUGUUGUAAUGUUCGUCUUUGCAAGCUUCGGAGUGCAAAUGGUUGGAGGCAAGCUGGCCGCCUGCAAUGACCCAACUAUCAAGUCCAGGGAAAAUUGUACGGGAAUAUUUUGGCAAAAGAUCUUUGUCACACGGCUUGAAGUUUUUGGAAAAGACGAUGAAGGGAUGCAUCCGAAAAUAUUAGUACCACGUGUAUGGACGAACCCAAGGAAUUUCAAUUUUGAUCACGUCGGCAACGCUAUGCUUGCGCUGUUUGAGACACUGUCAUACAAAGGUUGGAAUGUGAUCAGAGACAUUUUAUGGAGCCGGCAAGGGCCUGUGAGUUUUCUGGAACGUUAA